AUGUGGUUAUUUAACUUCUGUCAGUUGAGCUUGGAAAAAGUCGUCACAUUUGAUGAAGUGAACAGAGCAUUAGAGGAAGGUGAUGAGUUAGAGCCCCCUAUCAACUCUACUGGUAUCUAUAGCAAUGGCCACAUUCCAAACAACAACAAAGAUAACAAGGAGAAUAGAGACAGCUCAAUGGAAUUCAUGACGUUAGAUGAAACAAAUAAAAUCAGAGAGCAGCUUGGACUGAAGCCAUUAUCAUCUGACAAACUUUCUCCUGCCAAACACAAGACUGUAAGCAGCCACAAAACUAAAAAUGCCAGUAUCCUAUCUGCAGUACUCACCCUCAUCAAAGAGUUGGAUAGGGACAGUUUGGAGGUAGUGGCUAAUGCCUGCAAGGAUAGAUUAGAAUCAUUAUGAUCUCAUCAAAUACUUCCUUACAGUUGCAAAAAGUAUUCAAGAAAAACUAUGAACCGACUGCCGAGACUACAGAAUAUAUAAACUUGGCACAAAGAGAGCAACAGGGGCUUUCCCAGGCAGGCUCUUGUGGAUUUAUUUGUGUUUGAUGGUUACUUCCCAGAGAUUGGUUUGAAGAAAAGACACCUUGAUGAGGAGGAAGAAUUGGAUCUGAUCCAAUGGCUGCAGAGACAAGAUUCUGCUUCAGAGUAAUGGAUUCUUUGGAUUACCAUAGAGGUUACCGAUGCGUGUGGGACUUGAUGGAAAGGCUGGUAGCCGUUCCAAUGUCCUGCAAUUAUGGAGUGCACAUUGACUUCCUCUAGUAUUACAGGCAUGAUAUCAAGGAUUGACAUUUGUAUCAUCCUCUUUAAAGGCAACAGAUUUAAUGAAUGUUUGAUGUAUGCUGUGGAUUACCAUAGAGGCUACCGAUGCGUGUGGGACUUGAUGGAAAGUUUGGUAGCCAUGCCAAGGAUAUCGAGGAUCGACAUUUGUAUCAUCCUCUUUAUAGGCAAAAGAUUUAAUGAACUGUUUGAUGUAUGCAUCAAACAAAGGCAUUGAUUUGCCUUUGAUCUUGAUGGUUGGUGCAUAUGUACUAAAGUGAAUCGGAUAUUUUCGUCUUGUAGUAUUUGCCUGAGAAAUCAAUUUUCUCCUCAGACUGUUCUCUCAAGUCAGAUCAAAUGUUUCUUUGAGAAUUGACCAACCUGCUGCCAUUACUAGAAGAAACUUGAUUGUCCACCGAUCAGAAAUUCUUAUGAAAUGAAAUAUCUGUAUCACUAAGCCUGUACAGAUUUGUUUACUGUAUAUAUCAAUGUCCAUUGUUUUCAUUUAAUUGCCAAUUUGAAUGAGAAAGAAAAUGCUGCCUUUUGCAUAUGCUCAUUUACAUGUUUACCAUCUCCUUUAAUAGAUGGGUGCUGAUCCUGACACAGCCACACAAACAAGGGUUGAUCUUAUUCUAUUUAUGUAUUCAAAGCUUAUUCAAUUUUAUUUCUUGAAAUCACUUCUCUCUUUUUUUGUACUCAGAAGGUAGAAAUGUGUAAUUGGGACGAGAAUGAUAAGACAUAUAUCUCAUUUGUAUUUUUAAAAAAUUUAGUGACUGAUAUGAUUUUUGUUUUAUUUAGUUAUAUAUUUUUGUCGUUCUGUCAGCAUUGAUUUCUCUGUGAGUUCAUUCUUUGUUAUGUAUUCAAUUCAUCUAGGUAAAAGAAAACAUUUAUUUAUUCCCUUGGAGAGAGCAGGCUAAUAAUAAUAGUACAUGUAAAAGUUUUUCUGUCAUCAUUUAAGUUGUUUUCUUCAGAAUAAUUAUGUGUUGAGUAAUUGUCAUACAUUUAAAGAAAAUCAUUAAUUUAUCAAUUUUCCCUCUUCAUAAUGAAUUAUUUCAUUUUUAACAUACAUGAUAAUCCGCAUAAAUUAUUACAUGUGUGUCAUUAGACUUGCUUUCAUGAAAUUAACAAAUUCCAUGUAAAGUUUGUGACAUGUGAUAUGAUGUUACUUUCUCAUUGCACUACAAGUCAGCAAAAUAAAAAAAGAGGUUGCAAUCAUUUUGUACAUGAAAAUGCCAUUAUUAUUGAAGGUAUGUUCAGGUGUUGGUGUGACAUACAUAUAAAUGACAUCACAAGAGGGGGUGGGUAAACAUUUUAUUUAUUCAAUCUUUGAAUGCGUAAUGUAGUUUUGUUCAUAAGGCAUUUAAGAAAAGUCCACAUUAUAAUCAGGUUGGUUUUAAGAAAGGCAGAAGAUAAGAGGAAAUCUACCAAGGAAGUUUGAUGACGAUCCAUCUUAAGAGAAUGAGAAUAUUUGUACUAUUUUUCUUUAUUAUUAUUAUUAUUGUUACUUCAUUUGGGAGCUGCUCAUCCAUGUAUUGUAUUAUACUUUCUAGAUGUUUUGAUACAUGAAGAUAUUUUUAUAUUGGAAUGUGGGAGAACUUGUCAAAGGAGCCUGCAAUAUCAUCCUUCACUGACGUCUUCGUCACACCUAUCUCAAAUAUCGAGAAAGAAAAGGAAUGCAUAGCAUUCUGCAUUCCUGUUAGUUGUAAAUUGUGAGGGGAUGGUAUUAGUCUAUGGUCACGUUGCUACAUUAUUUUCAAAGUUUUUAAUGAUAUUCCUAUUUUAUCUAACUUAACGAUCCUUUAAUCAUUCUCAUUUUUUGUGCUUCUGUUGGACCUAAUUUAAUUUCAAGGUGGAAUAAAACUUAAGACAACAUCAAAACCAAUUCAAAAUGGAUUGAAGAACCUAGUCUAUAACUGUUUCUCAAAUUGAACACCCCUCCCCCUUCUACUCCUUAAAUUAAAAUAUUCUUAUCUUCAAUUUUUUAUCCUUUGACUUAAUCAUGUCACUUUGAGAUAAAAGAAGAGAAGCAAGGUAUACAGGUGCCCGAAAGCAGUAUGUCCCUCUUUGUUAACCUAUCAGUGUAUAGUUUGGCAUGAUAGAGGGUGCUAUUUAAGAUUAACCAUCAAUCACCACUCAGUUGUUAAUAAUUCUUGGUAGUUGCAUAAAUCCUUUCCACAUGCACAGGCUGAUUCUGUCUGAGAUAGCACUAUGAGUGUACCUUUGAAUAUAACUAUAUUUGCUUUUAGGUCAUUUUAAAUGCAAAGUGAACAUUUGACCAUACUACAUAAGUACAUGUUAAGUACUACAAGAACUAAGUUUUUCUAAAGAAUCCUAAUGUUCUGAUUUCAGAAUGAGGAAAUGCUCAAGUAUAAUUUCAAAAGUUGAAUCUUAAAGGGGGAGCAAACUGACAUUUAUGGUCUCUCAUUGAGUGUAUGUUAUAAAUAGCUAGGCUUAAAUAUAACAUUUGAGCUAAAUUAUUAAAACUACAGAGAAUAAAUUUACAUAUAGUUUUAUUUGAGGGAAACUAAAAUGUCGAGAGAGAAAAACUGAACUUGGUAAUAUAAUCUUUGUAGGAUAAAUGUAUUGAAUAGUAAAAUUAUUAUUCAAGAGGGCCUAUAUGACAAGAGUACACUGCUCAUAAUGUUGCAUUAAGGUUUGGUAACCCGACUAGAUUGGAGUGAAAGACUUAAGGUGGUGCCAUUAAGGUUUGGUAACCCGACUAGAUCGGAGUGAAAGACUUAGGGUGGUGCCAUUAAGGUUUGGUAACCCGACUAGAUCGGAGUGAAAGACUUAGGGUGGUGCCAUUAAGGUUUGGUAACCCGACUAGAUCGGAGUGAAAGACUUAAGGUGGUGCCAUUAAGGUUUGGUAACCCGACUAGAUCGGAGUGAAAGACUUAAGGUGGUGCCAUUAAGGUUUGGUAACCCGACUAGAUCGGAGUGAAAGACUUAAGGUGGUGCCAUUAAGGUUUGGUAACCCGACUAGAUCGGAGUGAAAGACUUAAGGUGGUGCCAUUAAGGUUUGGUAACCCGACUAGAUCGGAGUGAAAGACUUAAGGUGGUGCCAUUAAGGUUUGGUAACCCGACUAGAUCGGAGUGAAAGACUUAAGGUGGUGCCAUUAAGGUUUGGUAACCCGACUAGAUCGGAGUGAAAGACUUAAGGUGGUGCCAUUAAGGUUUGGUAACCCGACUAGAUCGGAGUGAAAGACUUAAGGUGGUGCCAUUAAGGUUUGGUAACCCGACUAGAUCGGAGUGAAAGACUUAAGGUGGUGCCAUUAAGGUUUGGUAACCCGACUAGAUCGGAGUGAAAGACUUAAGGUGGUGCCAUUAAGGUUUGGUAACCCGACUAGAUCGGAGUGAAAUACUUAAGGUGGUGCCAUUAAGGUUUGGUAACCCGACUAGAUCGGAGUGAAAGACUUAAGGUGGUGCCAUUAAGGUUUGGUAACCCUACUAGAUCGGAGUGAAAGACUUAAGGUGGUGCCAUUAAGGUUUGGUAACCCGACUAGAUCGGAGUGAAAGACUUAAGGUGGUGCCAUUAAGGUUUGGUAUCCCGACUAGAUCGGAGUGAAAGACUUAAGGUGGUGCUAUUAAGGUUUGGUAACCCAACUAGAUCGGAGUGAAAGACUUAAGGUGGUGCUAUUAAGGUUUGGUAACCCAACUAGAUCGGAGUGAAAGACUUAAGGUGGUGCCAUUAAGGUUUGGUAACCCGACUAGAUCGGAGUGAAAGACUUAAGGUGGUGCUAAUAAGGUUUGGUAACCCGACUAGAUCGGAGUGAAAGACUUAGGGUGGUGCCAUUAAGGUUUGGUAACCCGACUAGAUCGGAGUGAAAGACUUAGGGUGGUGCCAUUAAGGUUUGGUAACCCGACUAGAUCGGAGUGAAAGACUUAAGGUGGUGCCAUUAAGGUUUGGUAACCCGACUAGAUCGGAGUGAAAGACUUAAGGUGGUGCCAUUAAGGUUUGGUAACCCGACUAGAUCGGAGUGAAAGACUUAAGGUGGUGCCAUUAAGGUUUGGUAACCCGACUAGAUCGGAGUGAAAGACUUAGGGUGGUGCCAUUAAGGCUGCUGGAUUGGAUGUCCUUUAAACUCUUCAACUUUUGGUUGCCCAACAAAAAAAGUAAGGAAACAUUUUACUCUUUCAGGCAUUAUCCCUUGCAACUACACUUAGUCACACAUUCAGUCUGCUUUAAUACUGGGUGUUAUCAGGUUUUUCAAUACAUAUUACUUUUCCAGAUACAUGUAGUGUAUAAAUUCCAUUUCAUCUAAAAGUUUGGGUAUUGUUGAUUAUGAGCAGUGUAUACUUCUCAUCCUAUCAGCAUCUUUUACUUCCUUUUGAAAGGUUUUUCUUACAUUUUAUUACAUCAGAACUGCAUAAUGAAAAGCUAAAGUGAAAGUGUAAUGAUCAAGUUUACGAUAAAGGGUAUUUAAAGGCCCGAUCUCCCUUUACAUUUAAGAUCUCAUUCGCUUUAAUUCAAUUGUGAACUUAUUGUACAUUUAUGAUGUGCAUCAUUUGAAUUGUUCUGAUAGUGGCUGCUUGUGUAGUGCACAAGUCUGCCAUUUGGCAUGUAUCAUGCCAUGUAUUGAUGUAUGCAUUCAUAUAUAUCUGAUAUCACAGAUUAAUAGCAACUGAAUACAAAAGGUAUAGCAUUUUGUGGACAUUGCUGUGUACUAUACUAUUGCUCAUGGCCAAUUAUAUACAUGUAAAGGCUUGUGUUGUAUAUACAUGUUUAUAUUGUCUUGUAAAUAUAAAUAAAAUAAUGAUGUAGAUACAUCUGGUGAAGGAUGUUGUUACUUGUGUACUGUCUGCAUCAUAUGAAUUUAAAGAAAUACAAGAUAUUAAAAAAUAACUUUGUACAGGUGGAAACAUA